AUGUCAGCGCCCAUGUAGCACCCAGCCAGGAGACGUUCACCCCCAAAACCAGACAGACAGACGAGAAGUACAUGUAGCAAGGGUCCAUGGCUUGUAGGAUUUUUAGCACAGGCAAAUAUAGGUUGUGGAAAAACUAAGUUUGUGUGAUUAUACACGAAAUUGAGAAAGCAGUUGUUGUAAAGAGGUGUUUUGUGCCGGAAGCAGUUCCCGAACUGCGACCCUUACGCCACCUGGCGGAAGUGAGUAAACGCUGAAUAGUUUGAGCCACGACGCAGGACGGUGUGGGUCGGUGCGAGAGAACUGGGAAUCGCCAGCUCACCCACAUAUCACAACACAGUUCCACGGCGAGCUUCGACCUGUUAAGACAUCGUGCAGCGGAGAACGAGUCUGUAUGGAGAGGUGCAGGUGCGAGAGAGAGCCACGGCCGGGCACGGGGUGCGAGAAGAGGCUGCGGUUCACUACAACAAAUUAAGUGCUUCCUCAAGUGGUCUGACCCACAUGUAUGGCAUCCUUAAAAUGAAUUGCAUUUUUAUAUUGACGAAAAAUUUGGACACAGGUCUUAUUGGGUAAUGAGUGUACUUCAUGUAAAUUUUAAUUAAAGCUCAGCCAGAAUGGAAAAAUCAGAAGAGAAUCUAGAAAAGGUGACCAAGUUCUUGACUCCCUAUCUGCCGUUUGCUAAUGCACAUUUGGCUGAUUUCAUAAUAGAGAAACAAUGGGAUAGCUUUGUUUCAGUAGGUCUUGGGCAGGAAAUAUUAUCAACUACAUCAGUUUACCGAGAACAGUUGUUUCAAAAACUGUCAGAGAAAAACACAAAGAAAAGUGCAUUAAAAGAAAAAGUUGGCAAUCCCAUGAAACUGGACUCGAUAUAUUCAGGAAUUGGUCAAAAUGCAAAACUUUGUGGUAAAAAUGAAAACAUAGGACAAGAAGUACAAACAAGUUAUUCUACUGGGGCUAGUACCGGAUCUUCUGAUAAGUUACAUGGGUCGUUAGAGAACUUCAUCAUCAGUGCUCUUCAGCACAGCCUUGGUUAUCUGGGUGUUUUGGAAGAUAUAAACCAUAUUGUAGAAUCAGAGACCAGCAAUGCAGGGGAGGCAGGGGAUCAUUUCAUCCCAUUUGGAAUGUCAGAUAAGAAGAGCCAUGAGGUUCAAGUGAUGGCCAGGACUUGCAGUCAGCUGGCUCUAAGACAUGGAAUAUCCAAGUUUGUAGACAUUGGAAGUGGUAAAGGAUACCUCAGUGAAACCUUAUCCAUGGAGUAUAGUCUGUGUGGAAUUGGCAUUGACUCCUCAGAUAUCAACACAAAUGGCGCUCAGGACAGGAACAGAAAACUUGAAAAAUAUUGGAGCGGCAUGAAAAGAAAUGCAACUCAUCAAAAAGCAGGUAUUAAACUGACUAGAAGAGAGAAGAAGGAAUUACGAAUGGCAAAAUGGAAAGAGAACAACCGUGGACAACAACAAGAUGUAGAUUUAGGUACCAGUGGUCCUCCUGAUAGGAUGGGAGGGGAUACCUCACAUGACUCCUCGGGUCACAGAGGGCAGCAUGGUGGCUCUUAUGUACCCAUGACUAUGUUUGUGACUGAAUCUACAGAUUUAGAAAGGUUGAUCUCGUCCAGUUUAUCUGAUAACUCAAUCCACGAUUCAUCGGGAUGUUUAGAAAUGUCCCCAGCAAACUGUGCAAUAGAUCAUUCUGGUGAGAAAGAGGUGGCCUCUUUGAAUACAACUGAAUCUAUAGAGGCUGAAUCUGAACAAACUUUUAAGCAGGAAAAGAACGUAACUGACAGGUGUGACAUUGACAGUUGUGUUAUGUUGACGGGUCUCCACACCUGUGGUAAUCUGUCCCCUACAAUACUCAAACUGUUUGCUCAAAGCGACUCUGCCAGACUGCUGUGUGUUGUGGGGUGUUGCUAUCACUUGAUAGAUGAGGAGUUUUUCACUUGUCCCUAUGGAAACCAAAAAGAAGGUACUAAAGACAGUGGAUUCCCGAUGUCAGAAUAUCUGAGAAAAUGUACCUUUAGUCUUGGCAGAAAUGCCAGGAUGUUAGCAUCACAGUCACUUGAAAGACUUACAGAAUCAACCAAAGAAAGUAUAGAGGCAUCAGACCAGUCUAAGUUUUGGAGAGCCCUACUGCAAGUGAUUCUCCAAGACCUGUCCAAUGGCAAAGUGAGCAAGGAAUGGCAAGUGGGAAGAAUAGCAGCCAAGUGUUCCAGUUUUACACAAUAUGUUAGGAAAGCUCUUGCAAAGUUAGGAUUUGAUCAAGAAAAGAUAUCUGACCAGAUGAUCAAAGAAUAUGAAAACCAGCAUUCAUCAGAAAGGAGCAAACUUGAAGCAUUUUGUUUUCUGAGAACUCUGCUGGCACCUGUUAUUGAAAGUCUUAUCGUCUUGGAUAGACUUAGUUUUCUUUUGACAAGGCCUAACAUCAAAACAGUCCACUUAGUCCAGUUGUUUGACCGAGCCAUUUCUCCAAGGUGCUAUGCCAUUAUCGCAACAAAAGCUUAAGAAGCUUUUUAUCUUGAAAAGUAUUCUUUCCAGCAAUAGUUGAAACCACCAGUUUGUAAGGAACAUAGAUUGGAUAUACUGGAUUUUCAAGCACGCGAAAUUACUGAAUUAAGAACAUAAUGAACAAUGUAAAAAAAAGUCAUACAAAUUUCUUUCAUUCUUUAUUUAUUUAUCAAUAUUAUUAUUAUUAUUAUUAUUAUUAUUAUUAUUAUUUGAAGAUAAUAAUGUUCAGAACAUGGUUCAGACACUCAUCAAUGGACAGAAAGAGGUAUUGUAAGCAUAUAAGGUCUGUUUAGUGCAAUGUUUUACUGCUAUAGUCAGGUUGGGCCUUUGGAAAGGUCAUAAAAGUCAAGUAGCAACAGUAAGCAGAGAUGGAAGUCUUAAACCCAUGCAUAUUACAUACUGAUAUCCUUCUUUUCUCUUAUUUUCCUUGGUUACUUUCCUUUGGAAUAGAAUUGGGGGUGGGACAACCUUUUUGACCCAUGUUGUGUGUAGACCCUAAGCAGGGUAGUUCUGUUAAGUGUAAAACUGCCUUUCUUGGAUAGUUUUCAUAUUUAGAGCAUCACUAAUUUCCUUGAAUUUAGUAAAAGUUCUCAAAGUUGCACAUAACAGGUUACCUAUAGGCUGCCUGUUCACUACUGGAUGGGAAUGCCACACAGAGUCGUGAUUGUUUAGAUAUGUCCCUCUGACAGUUAUCAUGCUGCUGCACUUAUCCUCUUUCUUGUCUUUCUGGUGCUGCACAAAAUUCGUCACUGAAACACUUCUUAAAAGAGUCCUUUAAGUUGAUUUAGAAAAAUGAAGCACUAUAUGUCACUGUCUGGAUCAGUAUUUUGAGUCUCAUCCUCUUUUAUGAGACUUUUGCAUUCUGACUUGCUGUAUUGAACAUACAGUAAGUGGAAUUGUCUGGGUGAUACAAUCAAACAUUACUGAAAUCAGUGGAGAGGACAGGUGUUCCACUGAAAUGUGAAUUUGGCAAAUGGGAUUUUUAUUUCUAUCAGCAACCCAUGCUUAAUUUAGCACAAUAUUUCAUUCCCAAAAAUUUCCUGUUCCGUCCAUAUGAUAGCUGCCUCCAGAGUUGUAGGCCGACCUCUUACCAUAAGCUCCUCUGCUAGAUAUCUAUUCACUAAUGCACCUACAUAUGCCCUGACUACAAAAUACUCAAGUUUCUCCUUGUCUAGGGAAAGUGAAUGCGCUAUUUUCACUCCCCCUGAAUUGCCUAUUGAAUGUUGUUAGGGUUUCGAAUGCUGACUGCCUUAGAAUUUCUAAUUCAGAUCUUUAUCUCUCCUCUUCUUUUGCCAACAAAAGUAUUUUUGUAUAUACAAUCUAAUUACCACCCACUAUAAUAACCAGCUGGUUGGUUAUUCAGGUUCUUAGAGUUGCUUUUCACCAAUAAGUCAACUGAGACAGGCAGCUAUAGUUUUCUCUACAUGGUUUAUUUAACUGAAUGUUGCGGUUUCUUCGUCACAGCUGUCAUCAUCCAAUGUGCUUCUUUGCUCCACUUCCAUCUGAAUGCUGCUUAUCAUUGUUUCGAUAGUUUGUUUUAGUUGUCAUACAUUGUUGUCUCUUAUUUCAUUACUUCCCACAGAUUAUCGAGAGUAUUUGACAAUAAAAGUCCAUCUUUGUUUGUUGCCAGUGUUUUCAGAUGAUUGAUGAUUUCGCCCAGACAAUCUAACAGCCUGCUGUAGAUUUCUGGGUCUUCAUACUGGUACUCGUCUUCAUACAACAUCUUGACUAUAAACUGCCUUUUUGUCUCAGCUGCUUAAGGUGAAACCUGGGAGCUCGCCAUUUGUAAUAACCAACCGGUUGGUUAUUCAGGUUCAGUCAGCUGGCUCUCUCUCUAUGUAUCUACAUGUCUCUAUCUAUAUGUCCCUUCUGUGGCUCUGUCGCCUCUUUUAUACCUGAUCCUACUUUGCAUUCCAAACUAUCUUCUGUAAUUGGCAUGCAACCUGCCAUGCUUAAAUACAUUUGAAUAAAUUAAAACUAAACUGUAGAUAAAUUAAACAAAUAUGCAAAUUACAUACAUGCAAAUUUAAACUUAUCAGUAUUAGUUAUGGUUCAUUACACCACGUUGUCCCAUUCUUCUGCCACUAAUUCUAAAGGUAAUCUAGUAUUAUAUGACCACAACACCAAUGCUUCUCUCUCUUCAUUCCACGUUGCGGUUUCUUCAUCACAGCCAUCAUCAGCCACUGUGGUUCUCUGUCCCACAUCCGACUGUAUGCUGCUUAUUAUUCUUUCAAAUGGUUUGUUUUCAUUGUCCUAUAUCUAGGGAAUUUUUUUUCCUAUGUCCAACUGAUUUCUGAGAGAAUCUGACAGAAAAAGUUCAUUUUCUUUGCUUUAAAACAGUGUGGCACUAUCCUGCGACUUCAGGAGUUCACCGAUUCCAUACUGGUACUGAUUCACUACUUUAAAUUUUUUAGCAAAUCGUGUAGAUCUGCUAGUCCUGUGUUAGUAGUUACUUUAUCUUUGCAGGAAAUGGGGAGGGGGAAUGCCAUGUGUCCCUUAGAUAUUCCACAUUGUAAGCACAAGCAAAAUGGGCUUGGCAUUCCCCAUCAGUAGUUAAUAGAAGAGUGUGACUUCACUUGAAAUAUCCUGAAGCACUUGCUGUAAAGUGCAUUGCUAAUCCCUAAUGUUGUCUGCCUCUUGCAGAUUUGCUGUGCAGACUCCUCUGUGAUUACUAGAUUUAGGAGCUGGUUGUCAGUGUAGCAGAGCUUGUUACUAGCAUGCCAAUAUAGGUUGGUCAUGGGGAGGAAUAAAGAUCUUUGUGCACUUUUACCCAGGCCCAUAGCCCCAUAUAAAUUCAAUCUGACUAUUCAUUCUCAUCUAGUAGGUCUGCAAAGGAGUCUUCCUCUGCGUCAUAAUCAAAAACCAGCUGCUAUACCAAUUCAUCAAUAUCCUCCAAAAUGACAUCAUCAACUGUAGGCACUGGUAAUUCCUCCCCGAAGACUUCAUUCAAAACAGUUAUAAUUUCUACUGCUACAAGUGGGUGGAUUACACUCAAGUUUGUGAUUACAAAUUCAAAACUGUCAAUGUAUCUGGUAUUUGCAAUAACUUCAUUUAUUAGUCAACCUGAGAAGAAAUUGAUGCCCAAAACAUUUAAAUGGCUGCACUUGUCUUGUCAUUCACUCAGGAAAUCAGCCAUCAUCUUGUAAGUCUUCAUCCUAUUGUUCUCUUACUGCUGUUCAGGGUUCAGGCAGACUUUGCACACCAAAUGCCAAUCUGAGUUCUGCGGGGUAUAAUCUACUCAAAGGGGCUACUUUAUUGUGGUCUACAUACAAUGAGAUUCUUUAGAAAUAUAUAUAUGCUAAUGGUUUACAUAGGUGAUCUUUACACACAAAGGUAAAACACAGUAAGUCAGUACACAAUACAAUAGGGGUUCUUAGAAAAAUGACUAUUAAUGAUUUGCACAUGGAAUAGAGUAGUCAGACGGAGACAGAUGUCUGGAGCUCGCAAUGCUGAGGUGAGAUGGACAUGUAACAUCUCAGAGUUAUAAAUUUUCAUACUAGGAGUGCCACACUAUGUUAUUGUCUUAUUGAGUUAUGAUAUGGCUCCCUCUGCCAGAAAGUUUCGUGCCUGAAACUAUUUUAAAACAGUAUAACAGAGAUAAACAAUCUUCUACAGAACAAAUCUUGAGUUGACCCAUUACCUUUAUAUAUCUAUAUAUUAUUAUGUAUUCAAGAAAAGGGAAAAAAAAUCUAAUUAUUUCUCAGAACCAUUAUAUAACACAUUUACAAGUGUAUUCCAUCAUAAGUCAAUGGCAAAUAACAAAUUACAGGUUAAGUCAAAUUUACGAUUUUACAUUUAAAAUGGAAUAAGGAAAAAUAUAUAUGUUCUAACUACUACACAUACUAUAACUACAAAAUAGCAAACUCUGGAACAGAGACAGUCACUAGGAGACAUCAGUAUGGUUGGUGGAAUUUAUCAAAUAUUGAUCGAUGCUGAUUGAUCUCUACUAGUAUAAGGGCUUCACAUUGUGCAUGAUACAAGCUUAGUUCAUUAUGGGUAUGUAAUAGGUUCUCUUGUGGUGUAAUGCAACAAGAUGUACAUCAAAGGGGAUUUUUGCCAUCCUCUUUAAUUUCAAGUAGCUCAGGAGACCAACUUUGACUUCAGUUGGUAGUUUAUAUUCAAACUUUGAAAUGGCAUUCAUCAGUGUAAUAUUGCCCCAAGCUAUUGUUACUGUAGGCAAUGCAGAUAAUUGAAUGUGGUCAAUAAUAUAUGACGGUUGACCAGAUACCUUUAAAUCAUGGGGACAGGUGUGUAAGGCCAAAAUAGGAAUGGUUACACAUUGUCUCCCAGUCGUUAUUUCCAAUGACACUACGUUUUCCUCUCGAUUUGAGCAGAGAUAAAUUGCUAUAAAAAGGGAAACUAACACCCAAGAUUGCGAUGAUUACUGAGGCAGUAGGAAUAUAUUCCACACUGAUGAGGUCACUGAUGGAAAAGGGUAUAGAAGUUGUAGAGGGUGUGGUGGGAUAUUCAUAGAUGAAGCUGGGUGUGGCAUGUGCCUUAUUAACUGAAAAAAUUGAGGCUGAUAAGAUCUUUAAACUGUACGCUAAUAUUAACAAUGAAGCUACGGCAACCCCGAUUGCUGUAUAUGUGAGUAUAUUGUCAAAACUUGGAGCCUGUACAGGUAGUUGUAACUCU